AUGCUCUGGGUUGCGUGGCGGCAGUUUUGGAUGCUGACAGGACGGCUGCCAGCCGAAAUCGGUGGCUUCGCAGAUUUGGAGACAUUGCUGCUGAGCAAGAACCCGAACCUCACUGGCGAACUGUCCAUCCUAGCCAAGCUGGUGCACCUGAAGGAACUCGAUUUGAGCUCUACCCGGAUUGGAGGGCAUCUGAGCUUCUUGAGCCGGAUGGACCAGAUGCAGGAACUCAAUCUCGGAGGCACCCAGAUCGAGGGCAAGCUGCAGCCCCUGGCAAAGAUGAUGAACAUGACCCGUCUGCGGCUUCAGAACACCCGGGUCGACGGGGAUCUCGUCCCCCUGACGGCCAUGCAGAAGAUGCGAUUGCUCAGUCUCGGAGGCACCCAUAUCGAUGGCACGCUGGAUAGCCUGGCAAAGAUGACCGUGAUGACCAAUCUGCAGCUCUACGACACCCGCAUCGGCGGGAAUCUCGUGCCCCUGGCUUCCAUGCACAAGAUGCGAAUACUCAGUCUCAAAAACACGCAGGUGGAGGGCCAGCUGCAGCCCCUGGAAAAGAUGACCCACGUCACCAUUCUGCGGCUCCAGAACACCAGCGUCGGCGGAGAUUUGGUGCCCCUAUCUGCCAUCGAAAGGAUGCAGGUUCUUUAUCUCGCAAGCACGCAGAUCAAGGGCACCCUGCAGCCCCUGGCAAAUAUGAAACGCAUGGCAAAGCUGUCGCUCCAGAAGACCCGGGUCGGCGGGGAGCUUCGGCUGCUGCAGGCCGGGGCUGGCCUACUCGGCAAGCUUUUAAGGUUUCCUUUCCUCGCGAUGCGGAAGCUCCGUGAGCUGCGGCUCCAGGGCACCCGGGUCUCAGGCUCCCUGGACGUCCUGACGGAGUUUACAGAUCUGGAAGAGGCCGACCUCGCAUCGACUGCCGUGACCGGAGGUCUGACGCCGCACUGGCGUGGACACCUGCAGCACUUGCGACGCCUAAUCCUCGCAGCAAGCGCUGCCCACUUCCUGCCCCGCAGCGACGACUUGUCGGACCUCCGCCGCCUUGUCACGGAUGCGCUGCUGCCUGCCUUGGCCGAGCUGGAUGUGUCCGGCUGUCCCAUGAAUGGUGAUGUGAUGGACUUCAUUUUGCCCCUGGCAGACUGCAAGUCGCUGGCCAAAGUUGUCGCUUCGUAUGCCAAUCUGACAGGUGACGUUCUGGACCUGACAUGGUUGCCCGUGGAGAUAGAUGGUGAGAGCUACGCGGGAGCUAUCGUACCCUUGGAGGGCUCUCUGCAGGCCUUGGACCUGUCAGGAAACAGGAUCCGGCGGGUUGAGGCCCUCAAUGCCCACAGCGUGCUAUCGUUGGCUGGCAAUGGGAAAGUAGACGUGCCACAUGGCUUGCUGCGCAAAGCAAUGGAAGACGGCGUCCGACUGGACCUGACAGACGUUGCCCUUGUGGAUGUCAACGAGACUAAGGAGCUCAUUGCGAAAGGAUGGCUCAACGCCACAGAGCGCCUCACUACGACAGAUGCUGCAAGAGGGUUUGCAUGCUACGGGCUGCCGAAUGCAAUCCUGCAAGUUACACCCUUCCGCUUCUUGCCAGACGUCCUUUGCGGCUGCCAACCGGGCUGGCACGGAACGAGCACCGACUGUCACCGCUGCAGCGAGAACCACUACAAUACAAGGUUCAACCAGAGCGACUGCCAGAAGUGUCCUUCAGGCAGCAGCACACGAGGUUCGGAGGGCUCAGACUCCUUGCAAAGCUGCCAGUGCGAAGUUGGAAGGAUCUACGGCGACUCCUGCCGGUGCGAGCCCCACAAGGCCCUCCACUCGGAUCAGUGCGUGGACUGCGGCGACCUGAAGCUGGACUGCGAGGGCCCCGGAAGCCUGGCGACCACAGCACCGCCAACUCUCGGGCACGCGCGCCUCUACGCCGGAGCGCCCACUGCCAAGAAGUGCCUGGAUCCCGCAGAGGAGCGCUGCAACGCGUCAGCGAAUGGUUCGGAGCUCGGGUGCGUGCUCGGCUACGAGGGGCCCCUUUGUGCCGCCUGCGCCGACAGAUACCGCAGCCAGGGCCGGCGCUGCAAGAAGUGCGAGGAAGGCUACGAAGCGGCCCGGUGGCCCAUCGCGCUCGCUGCGGCCACAGCGGCGGCUGGAGGCUCCGCCUUCUUCGCCUGGUGGAGGAGCCGCCCAGCAGAUGUCCCGGCAGCAGCAACUGCAGCAGCUCCUACACCCUACACUGCUCUCUGGCCGCUGCUGUUGGCGCAAGGCCCCGUGCUGCUGCAAUUUCUCCAGCUCUGGGGCGUGCUCGUGGCUCUGAGCAAGAAGAGCACUGGCGAGACCACCGCGCAGACGUGGGACCAGGAGUAUAUUCAGUGGCUGCAGCUGACAGCGGGCGGCGUCCGGGACGCCUUGAGCUUGGAAUGCGAGUACGGAAGGAACGCCCGCCUGGCUUGUGCUCUGCUGGGACCGGUGCUGCCCUUGCUGCUUUUGGCCGCCUGUGCCAUCCUGGAAGCCUUUUUGCGAGGUCGAGGUGUAAGCAUGGCGCUGCAAGUGUUGUCCCUGGCCUUCAUUGGCGGAGCCUCGAGCUGUGCAGGGCUCCUGCGGUGUCAGGAGCUCGAUGGAGGUGGAGAGCCGCUGGGGGAGGAACACGCCUUCCGCUCCUUGCUGCCGCACCUGAAGUGCUCGGAAGCACCCUGGGUGGCUGCAAUCGGUUGGGGAUGCGCCGUGGGCUACGGCAUCUGCGUCCCAGCGUGCAUGGUCGGCUUGAUGGCCAAGCAACAAUGGAGUCUGUCGGCAAGUCGACGCACUGCACACUUGUCAUCGGAGCAGGGGGAGAUCACAAAACUCCGGAUGGUCCCGCUGCAGGCCAGUUCCGAGGAUUCGAAGGAGAUGAGUUCUCGAGUGCAGUUGGCAGGGGCGGUUGCCUACUGUGCCGUUUUCUUCCGGGGCUCCGUGCAGAUAAAGUUGGCGGAUGGCUGCCUGGUGUUGCAGCCUGGGUCUGGGCGCAGCGCCGACGAAGUGGAGUUUGAUGCCGACAACAUCCUGUCCAGGGCCCUUGACAACAAAGCAGAUGCAGACCUACAGCGGUGGCAGGCAAUCACCAGGAUGCUGAAGGAGCGCUGCAUCAUCGAAGAAGCGGCGCCAUGCGACAGAGUCUUGACUGGUGCAAAAGAGCUCUUCUUCAAAUACGCGAAUUGCCAGAGCAUUUGGGUCGAGGUUGCACUGAAGCUGGUGGUGGUCGGCAUCGUCGCGGUCCCUGUGGCAGUGGCGACUUCUUUCCAACUCAUGUUCACCCUGAGCCUUACCUUGGGGACCAGCAUCGUUCUCGGCACCCUCAAGCCCUACAGGCAGCGCCAGGUCAACGACUUGCAGUGCUUUUGCUUCCUGUGUUUGUCGGUGGCCGCCGGGGGUUUCGCCUUCGAUCUACUUUGGCUGACCCGCGCAGCGCUGGUGGCGCCCGUGGUCACGGCCGCCACUCAGACCCUGCGCCCAGGUCGUUGUCGGGGGGCCUUUGGGGAUCUUUGGCGGGUAUUCUGGUUUUGGGGAGUGAGGGCCGUGGGGGUCUGA